AUGUCCACUACAGAAGCAGACGGCUCGCGUGCAGCUGGCAACGGCGGGCCAGACAACACCCUGAGUGUCCAGGACAAGCGUUCUGCGCAUGCUUCGCAGCCGGUAGUGACAAGUUCGUCGGGCACAGAGGAUGAUGAUGAGGAUCCUUUCGUCUACCAAUCCUCCGGAUCUCAUGCAGACGACGGCGCCUACAACAUUCCUGACGCCCCUUUGGAGCCAGAGGGCGAUUCAGCCGAUGGUGCUGAGGUGGAAUCCGCACCUGGUGCUGAUGAGAAACCGCCUGCUACACCAGACAAACCCGUACCUGCCCCACCGCAUGCUGCCAACAGAGCCAAGCAGAUAUCUCACCACACUCAAAGCGCUUCCCGAGACGAAUUGGACGAUGGAGAGAAUUCGGCGUCGAUGUGGGGCGGCAAGCCUCACCUCGAAUCUCAGAGUCGGCCACAAGAACGAGUGCACGCGAAUCACGAUGCACCAAGCGAAUCGUAUGAUGCACCUGCCAACAAAGCGCCAGAUGAUGGGGAUGCAUCACUUAGCGCAUCGACUGUAGCUCCCGUCAAGAGCGGAUUGCCAAGUUGGGAUGCGGCGCCAAGCUCGAGCAGUAAGAAAGGCACACAGGCAGAGGUGAGCAUAGCUUGUGACUUGGCGAAGCUCACCCUUGCCGCGCUGAUUGAACACUACGCACCUCUCGAGUCGCCAGGCCUAUGCCACACUACCUCCUGGAUCUCAUGGUCACAUUCACGUGACAGAUGCUCUCAAGUCAUCAGAUGGAGGUCCAUCCACCUUUAUAGUCUACGUCAUCUCGCUUCCGGCGCUGGGCAUCUCUGCCAAGCGUCGGUAUUCCGAAUUCGAAGCUUUCAGAGCAGCCUUGGUAGCGCUUCAUCCUACUCGCAUCGUGCCACCCCUUCCCCCCAAACACAGUCUGGGCGACUAUGCUGCUAAGCAGGGCAAGGCAAAGGAGGAUGCUACGAUCAUUGCUAGGAGGAGACGCAUGCUUGGGACCUUCCUCAUGAGAUGUGCAAAGGAUCCAGUGAUUGGCAAAGACGAAGUACUGCGACGCUUCUGCGAUGGGCGCGAGAGCUGGGUAAGUCGUCAGCGGCUUACGCUAUCGAGAAGCUUGUAGGGCUGACACCAGUAGCUCGUGCCUGAUUCUUCCUAGCAUGAGAUUAGCACUACGCCACCCGUGGCCAUCCUUCCAAAGUCUAACCUGCGAGCGCCAGUGCGAGACCCAGCAGAUCCGAAUGCCUCAUCCGCCUACGCAGCAUUGCCCAUUCCAUCCGCUGCAACGCCUUUGAGGAAUCCGAAUGGGCGAUUUGCAGACUCGGAAGCGUUUACCAAUCGCUGGGCUGCGCAUGUGGGCGGAAGCCUAGAGAGAUCAAACAGGAGGGUUACGAGGAGAUGGCAGGGUGAGCGAAGGCGAAUGAGGGAUGUGCUACCAUACCCUAGCUGACACCGUGGGUGCAUCUUUCGAUCUCUUCGAUCCCCAGAAUCAUCCUCGGACUACGCGGAGCUCGGUGCUGUUCUCAAUGGAUUCAGCCUGGGAGAAUCUGGCGACUUGGCAGCCGCGAUCGAGCGGACUGGGCAAGCUGCAGAUGGGACUUUCAUGAGCAUUGGAGAGAUGGUGAGCGGAAUGUCAAGACGACUACAGGCGACGGAGUCAGCCAUCCAGUGCAUGGACAUGCUGACGAGACUUGCAUGCUCUCGCCCCAGCUACAAGAGUGGGAGUCGACCUUCACAGAGCCCCUGUCGGAAUACGCCCAGUAUGGCGUGAUCCUGCAGAAAUUGCUCAAGUGGAGACAUCUCAAGCAUCUCCAAUUCGAGCUGGCUGAAGAGGCUGUGGAGAGCAAGCGUCAGCAGCUCGAUGACUUGGAGCGCGUCGAAGCUCACUCGACCAGAGUCACGGCGGCUCUGGACGCUGGGAACCGGAAUGUGUGGGAUGAGGGUUCUCUUGGGCCGAACUCGACCGCUGCACCCAUUCAAAGUCGCGAAGGAGUGUGGGAUAGCGUCAAUGCAAAGAGCAUGAGGAAGAGCGUAUUUGGCGCUGCUGCUGAGGAGGAUGAAGAAGCGGCGCCUCGGACGGAUGCCAACCAUGCGAACAGUAAUGCUCAUGGCGAUGCUGACGAGUGGGUAGACGGCGCAGCUCCUAGCCAGCCGGGGUCCAGCUUGAGCGGCGCAUCCACGCGUAGCGACUCGACGGCGCACAGCACAGCUGGGAAAGCUGCUGCUGCAGGUGCUCCAUCUGCCAAGACGGCGAUGAGCAAUCCGGCUGCUGUGCGAGCAGCUGCACCUCCGCGGCGCACCGGUGGCUUCUUGGGCGCGUUGAGUCACACGCUCAACAGCGUUUUAGAUGUGGAUCCAGAGUCCACGCGGAGGAGCAACAUCUCGAAGCUGAGAUCGAGCAUCGCAGAAUUGGACGAGGGCUUGUCUUUGACGGCAGACGAUCUCAGAUUCGCCACUAGCGCCAUUCAACAAAGCUUGGAUGGGUUUCAGAGGGACAAGGUGAACGACUUGAGGAGAAUGUUUAUCGGCUACGCCAAGUUCCAUCGGGAAUUUUGCAAAGUUGUAAGUUUCAUGCUUUUCACGUUGCUCCUGGCUCUUGCCGAACUCUCCACAACGUGUCUGACCCCCCCCCUUUUUUUUCCCCUUUCCCUCUCGCGCGAUCAUAGAAUCGUCAGAAUUGGGAAGAGGUGAGCAGAAAGAUGUGCAGGAACAUGUCGAAUUUUGAUGGACUGAUACGCUCUUGCGCACCCUGCGCUCUGACUGGCAGGCCAAGAAGCAGAUCGACAGCGUUCAAGCAGAAAGCGUGAGCGCAGUUUCUGCCUGUAAUGAGCGUACAUGUUCCCUUGGCUGAUGUGCUCUUGCUUUGCCAUCCAACACCACAGGCAAUGCCGGAGGCGAACCUUGUCAAAGCGCACGAGCGGUCGUGA